CUCGGGAGUUCACAGUAUGGCAUCAGUGGAUGAUGUUGUGAGCUCGGUGCCUGAUCAUCUCGAAAAAAUCAAGACGGCAACAGAUGGCAUCGUACCGCGGCCAGCUUUCCAGAAGACUGGAGAUACGAUCCAAUAUAAUGAUAGAUGGAUUUCAUCCUAUCAGUUGCCUGCAAGGUUUUCGCCUAGAGUCACAGCAGCCCUGGAAAGAAAAAACCUUCCUGGAAACGUGCGGGACGAGUUCAACAGAGAUAUAUGCAGUAGCAUUAAAGUUCACACCAUGAACCCAAAAAAGCAUGAGAGGGAGACCGUGGCAUUUAAAAUCAUCUCAAAAUAUCCAUUUUUAGCGGACAAGAUUGGUUCUGGAAUAUCAUCUUGGGAUAUGUCGAUAAAGAACGGGUUUAAGAACCUAAGAAAAACCAAAAGAGGCUAUCAAAGUCAGAGCGGUGUUUGUAUGAUCGGUGUUCAAACGAAGAAGAACAAGGUGGCCGAUGAUGCUCCGCUUGCGUUGGUGGAAGGUGAGACCACGCAAACGUGCCAGGACCACCUCGCUGCCAUAAAACGCGAAAUGGCGAAAAACAAAAACAGAAACGUCGCUUUAAUAAAAGAACUAAUGGAGCUAACAUAUCCAUACCGACGGAACAAAGUCGUGUCCAGUCCCACUACGUUGAAAGAUCUUCUGGCAGAGUAUCCAGCAUUGAGGCUGGUUUCUGAGCUAAAGGCAGAGUUUGAGAGGGCAACAAGCUCCAUUGGAAAAUGUCGGAAAAUGAGCCACAUUUUCAGGAACAAUGUGAAACCAAAAAUCAUUAGUCUGGCUCAAAGCAAGGUGAAGGCGUUUCCAGGAAUCGCCAGCAUCCUAAAAUUAAUGGAAGAAGAAACUACAGAUUCUCCCACAAAAAAGACAGAAAUUGAAGAGGAUGGAGCCGUAAUGCUGGUGCAACAACUCCUCAGGGAAAAAACAAACAGAUAUGAUCCUGUGGUCAAAAUCUGUUCAGAUGAUGAAUCAAUUGAUAAGGUGAUUGAAAGUGUUGUGGCACCCAAGCUGAUUGGAUCUGGGCAGUAUGGCUCAAUCACCCCACUCUAUCUGGUAGCUGAAGGAGAGGUUAUUAUAAAAUUUCCCAAUACUGGACUUAUUAAUGCUUUGGUUGUUUUACUUGCAGCCUAUUAUGCCUUUAAUAUAAAGUAUCCUAACAAAGGGAGAAAUUUGUUUUCAUUCAUUGAAGCUACUCUUCUUGGCAACUUUGAAGAUGCCAAGAAGCGUGUUUCUAUUAAUAGAUUGCUAAAAGACAUGGCUUUUUUGUGAGAUGAUUUAGUUUGUUUGUAGCUGCAUGUUUGUGUUAAAUCACAGUUGAUAGAAGAUAUGGUUUGGAAACUUCUAAGACAAAUAAUUUAUAAAACAGCUCAGCUCAAUGUUUUCUGUUCCUCAUAAUGCCAAAUCUGGUUCUUAUUUCUCAUGUGUGUAGGAUAUUUUUGCUAAGCAAAUGGAAAUGCUUUCAUAGUUGUAUAACUUUAAUAUUGACACCUAUAUGUAAGGUACGUUGCACCAAUAAUAAAAUCUGACAUGUCACACUGACAUGUACAGAUCAAAUCCUGAUGCCUAACAAAGAGAAAGUCUCCAAACCAUAUAUUCGAUAUUGUACUGUGCAAAUAAUGUCAACAAUCAAACAUUUUGUUCUUUUAUAGUUAAAAAAUACUUAUUGAUUAUAUUCAUCUUUUAUGCAUGUUGUUGAAAUUUAUAAUGAAUCAUGCAAAGGUUAUUUAUGAACUACAUGUUUUAUAUUUCGAAAGAAGGGCUUAAAUAAAAUUUGCC